AUGAAGCUUCAACUUUCUCUUCUUGGACUGGUUGUCCUGGCCUUUGCAAAGCCACAGGAUCCUCCAGUAUCCUCUGCACCAGCUGAGCCUCCCGCUGAACCACCAGCUGAACCUCCAGCUCCGGUUCCCGUCCCAAUUCCCUCUUCUAUGCCAACACCUCCAACAUCUCCAGUACCUGCUCCUCCAGCUGAUCCAGCUCCAGCCCCUCCACCUGCCGACCCAACUAGUGAACCUAUCCCAGACGGACCAAUCUGCGAGUGUGGAUAUACCUACUGUGCUGCAGUUCUCAAAGCAAUGGCAAAACCAUGGAAUGAUGGUCAACUGUCAACUGCGUACUGCGAGACCCCUAAUGCAGUUUGCAAAAACGAGUCCCCGGGUAGCAACAUCGAGAAUGCUCUGUUCAUUUGUCUCUGCGCCGAACCCGACCAAAAGGUUGGAAACCACAUUGAGCUUUUGUGCGGUUGUGAUGCGUGUCUCAAUGUUGGGCCGGACUUUAGAGGUCGUUGCAAGAGUCCUUGUAGAGCUGGUCGCGGAGCAAAGGGAGGUGGUGGUGGGAAAGGAGGUGAUAGAGUCAGAGGAAGCAAUCAGAUGAGAUUUUGGUAG